UAUCACUAAUUGAGUUGGCAUCAUGAGAAACAGAUGGAAUGUUGCAGGGUUGCUACUUCUAGUCUUCAAGAUCGCGGGGCUGAAAAACGGUAAUCCAGAAGCCACUAUGGGUCUACAGUGUUUACAACCAUUUCUCAGCAACUUUGUGAACUGCAGCUGGUUGCCCUGGGAAUCUCAAAAUGCUAACACCACCUAUGUCCUUCACUAUCAGAGCCUAAAAUUGGGCAAAGUGCUGCUAUCCCUUAACCAGGUGUAUUCCGUGGUAGCCCAGAUGGGACAGAACUGGCUGGUUAUUGAACGAAGGAACCUGACACAUGGAGACAAAUACAGUGUCUGGAUGGAAGUUCGCAGUGUAGAUGGGAUUGCUCUCUCCAAGAAAUUAAACUUCAGCCUGGACGAAAUAGUGAAGCCCUGUCCUCCUGAACUGGAUCAUGUGGAACUGGAUUCCACUGAAGCCAUAGUGACAUGGAAGAACCCUCGCUGGUCUGAAUUGCAUAGUGACCAACCUCUCACUUAUGCUAUUCGAUAUAAGGCAUCUAUAGACCAUGAAUGGACCUAUCUGCAGGAGACUCAUCUAGACCAAGGGAACCAUGAAUUCUGUGACCUGAAACCAUUCACCUGCUAUGAGGUGCAGGUACGGUGCAUGCCAGAAAAUAAAAAAGACUUUUGGAGUGAAUGGAGUUCUUCCAAACCCUUCUGUACCUUUGAGGCUGCUCCUUUAGGUCAAGUUGAUGUGUGGCAAAAAGAGUGUGUUUCUGACUGCCAGAAUGAAAGCCGCUUGUUGCUGUGGAAGGCACUGGAUCCAGAAGCAGCCCAGGGAAAGAUCCUUGAUUAUGAAGUUAUCUUCCAGGACCACAACAAAACACUUCACAGAAUAAAUUACAAUUGCUGUCAGACUUUGAUCCCUAUCACUGCACAGUACAUCUCAAUAGCAGCCCGCAACUCUGUUAAGAAGACACUCUGGGCCAAUCUCAGCUUGGAGAAAACAGAGCUCCCAGGCCCUGAGGAGAUGACAGUGGUGGCAUUAGAAGGUUUGGGUUUCAACGUGACAUGGAAGCCCAGCAUCGACUCUCAAUGGGUUCAGCCUCAGGAAUACGUGGUGGAGUGGAGAAAAGAGAUUGAUGAUGGUGCAGGAGAAUUGCUAAACUGGACUCGCACACUUGGAAGCAGUACCAGCGUCCUAUUGAGAGCCAACUUCAGUUCAAAGGUACCAUACCUUGUGCGUGUGUAUGGUCUGUAUGCUCAUGGGAGAACUGCCUCAGACUCUGUACGCGCCUACUUCAAAGAAGAAGUACCAUCAGCUGGCCCUGAAGGACUGCAAGACAGAAGACUUUCGUCCACUGCCACUUCCAUCUCUUGGAAGGAGAUUCCCUUGGCAGACCGCAAUGGACAUAUCAUACACUAUACACUUUACCUGAAACAUCUCCAUCCAGACAUCCUUAUGGUUCACGCACCCAUUAGUGCUACGGAAAGAAAUUACACUGUUUCAGAUCUGGAGCCAGGAGCAACCUACCAAGUCUGGAUGACUGGCUCUACAUCAGCUGGAGAAGGUGUGGCUAGUGCCAUGCAUCACUUCAGUACAUCAGUUUUUCAUUGGCAGAACAUUUUGAUAGUUUUCUUACCUGUGGUGAUCCUGCUUGUAAUGGGUUCCAUUAUUGUGCUGUUGAAAUAUAGAAGGCUAGUGGGCCUCUGCCAAAAGGUCCUGCCUCGGUGGUGUUGGGAGAAAAUUCCAGAUCCAAAACACAGUGGGAUUGCUGUGGAGAUGAAUGAAGAGAGCACUGCACCAACCAUGGAGGCCCUGACCAAGUGUUCGACCCAGUUUCCAGAAAUUAUGGACAUUGUAGAUAUAUCAGAAGAAAUCCCUGAGCCUUCUCCUUCUCCUUCUCCACCACUACCAAGAUCAACUGCCAUGGCGAUUUCUGGUUAUGAAAAACGGUUUCUUCCUACUCAAGAGGAAAUCCUGAAUUGGAUUGAGCAGGAAAGAAACAAUUCUCCUUUUUCCGGACUAAGAGAAAGGGAGACAUGAUCUUUGGGUGUCAUAUGCUCAGCUGCUACUUCUGAUCCAGCUGCAGAUGCAACUUCUCUUGGAAGGAACAUUCCUUGGGUUCUUCAAAAGGUCCUACUGUGCCUUUGGAUCAAAUGACUGAAAUGUCUCUUAACAUCAUUUGAUCUGCUUAAAACAAACAGGGCAAUGAAUUUAAGCCAGAGACUGCAGUGACCUGAUCCAAUCUCCAGGGUCUUCAAGAUUCUCCUGGUGAGAGUCUUCUGAUAUCACUUCUGAUCUUCAGCAAAUCUCCAGAAUAUGGAGUUGGUACUUGUGUUGGAUGAUGGAUCCUUUCUUCAAAGAUGCCCAAAUCAGACUUUUCCCCCCCAGGUGCUAGAAACAAGGUCUUUGUGACUAUAGCCUAGCAGCUGUGAAAUUCCCCAGGCUGAAACUGAGGAAACCUACUUUUUUUUUACUUUAUACCAAGAAGGCCUGUAAAACUUUACUUUUUAAAGGGUAGGGUGAUUCCCAUCACCCAGGAGUUAUAAACCAUUUCAGUAUAGUGGCUGAGGUGCUGGAUUAACCACUGGGAGGCCAUGAGUUCUGGUCCUCCUUAGGCUGGGUGAUCAAUCAUUCUCUCUCAGUGCAAGCCAGCUUACAGGGAAAAUAAAAAUAAACUUUAGGUGUGCACCUAAGGUGUACAUUUUGAAUUGACCAAAAAUGAAGAUAAAAAAAUUAAUAAAUAUUUGUAAUAUUUGUA